AUGCAGAUUACAGUAGGAGUAAAGGGACUUAUAUUUUAUAUUGUUUCUCUAAUAAGUGCAAUUGGACAUGGCGUGUGCAAUGCAUUCAUUGACGACACUAGGAACAUAGCUCUAAUGAAUGUUAAGUAUGUGGAUAGCGACUCUAACGACGUGUACGUGCGCCUUAAGAUACGCCUGUACAAAGACCAAUUUCCCAAAACAGUGAGCAACUUCAAGGCGUUUUGCGAAGGCGUGAAAGUGCGCGUAGGCGGAGAAGAAAGGAUGCUGGGGUAUGCUGGGAUUCCCUUCCACAGAAUCAUAGACGAGUUUGUAGCCCAGGGCGGAGACGUUGUUAAGAAAAACGGAACAGGCAGCGCAAGCUCGUUCCCCGAGAAGAACUUCGGGUCGUUCGAGGACGAGCCCGACCAAAUGCGAGAAAGGCGAAGUGAGUACCCUGCGCGCCUGCAUGACCGAGUGGGAAUGGUGGCAAUGGCAAACAGAGGGGAAAACACAAAUGGAAGCCAGUUUUACAUUGUGCUUUCAAAGAACAACUGCCAGCAUCUGGACGGCGUGCACACUGUCUUUGCUGAGGUGAUUGAAGGCAUGGAUGAGCUCCAAAAGGUGGUUUCCGACUACACGCAGUGCGAAAAAAGAAGGGCAAACUCCGGAAGCCUGCCAAUUAUUGAAAGCGUCACACUUGAGGAGGACACUUUGUCCGCUGAAGACUAUAAGGAGGCCUUGUAG